AUGGCACCGCAAUCAGCAAAAAAGCAGAGCUCCCUGACAUCAUUCUUCACCCCCAAAACCGUCAAUGGUCUAGCCGCCGCUUUCCAGAAGCAGCAGCAAGCUGAAUCCCAGUCGUCGCCACAGCAGCAGCCCCCGUCGUCCCCAUCCGAAGCGAUACCAACGCGCCAUCGAAAACGCCCACUCGAAAGCCGUGGUGACGGCGACAGAGUAGGCAACGAGGGCAACUCCGACGGGAACGAUAAAGAGAACUCUACGAAGACCCCCGCCAAGCGGGCCAAGCAGCAGAAGCUCGAAGAGGCGCAGAAGCCCGAAACUCUGACCACCGCGAGCACGGUAUCCUCCAAGCCCGUGGCCGAACGGUACGGGUACGAUCCGUCGUCGAGCACGCGUAGCCAGAGACAGCAGGAUGAUGGUGAAGACGAGACCGCGCGGAAUGAGGAGCUCCACCGCAGAUUCGUCAAGAAGCUGGGACAUCCGGAUGCCAUGGCCUCGCGCAGGGGCCGAGAUGCAUCCACCGUGGUCGUCGAGGAGGAUGCCGACGGCGAGAACGAUGACGAAGAGGAAGUUACGGCUGUGCCGUCAAAGUCUUCCAAGAAGAAGGGGCCUGCGGGAAAGUCGGCCAAGUUGACGCCCAUGGAGCUGCAAUUCCUUGACAUCAAGAGGAAGCACAUGGACACGGUCCUCAUCAUGGAGGUUGGCUACAAGUUCAAGUUCCUGGGUGAGGACGCACGCAUCGCUGCCAAGGAACUGAGCAUUGUCUGUAUACCGGGCAAAAUGCGUUACGACGAACAUCCCUCCGAGGCUCAUCUAGAUCGCUUCGCUUCGGCUAGUAUUCCCGUCCAUCGCCUGUCAGUCCAUGCCAAGAGGUUGGUGGCUGCCGGACACAAGGUGGGCGUUGUGCGACAGGUUGAGACGGCAGCCCUCAAGAAGGCAGGCGACAACCGCAACGCCCCCUUUGUUCGCAAGCUCACCAACCUGUAUACCAAGGGCACGUACAUUGACGAGGUGGGCGAGCUUGACCAGCAGGCCAGUGCCGGAUCACCCUCGGGCGGCUACCUGCUCUGCAUGACCGAGACGAAACCCAAGGGUUCCGGGACGGAUGAGACCGUCGAAGUGGGCAUCCUGGCCGUGCAGCCCGCCACUGGUGAUAUCAUCUACGACACCUUCCAAGAUGGUUUCAUGCGCAGCGAGGUCGAGACUCGGCUGCUGCACAUCUCGCCCUGCGAGUUCCUCAUCGUCGGUGAGCUUACCAGAGGCACAGAUAAGCUGGUCCAGCACCUGUCAGGCAGCAGCACGAACGUCUUUGGCGACAAAAGCCGCGUCGAGCGCGUGCCACGUGGUGACACCAUGGCCGCCGAGGCCUACUCCCACGUCACACAGUUCUAUGCCGACAAGGUAAAGGAAGCCAGCGGGAAGGAUGAUACGGCCAGCGCCCUCCUGGACAAGGUCCUCAAGCUCCCCGAGCCCGUCACCGUCUGCCUGUCCGCCAUGAUCAACCAUCUCACUGAGUACGGGCUCGAGCACAUCUUUGACCUGACAAAGUACUUCCAGAGCUUCAGCACCCGCUCGCAUAUGCUUGUCAAUGGUACUACGCUCGAGAGCCUCGAGGUUUACCGUAACUCGACCGACUCUUCCGAAAAGGGCAGCCUCUUCUGGGCCCUCGACAAGACUCUUACCCACUUCGGCCGCCGCCUGCUGCGCAAAUGGGUCGGCCGUCCGCUCCUGAAUAGGGAACACCUUGAGGCUAGGCUCGCCGCCGUCGAGGAGCUCUUGCAGAAGCAGUCGACGGCUCCCGUCGACCAGCUGGAGAGGCUGCUGGCCAAUACCAAAGUUGACCUGGAGCGCAGCCUGAUCCGCAUCUACUAUGGCAAAUGUACCCGCCCAGAGCUGGUAUCCGUUCUACAGACCCUGCAGAGGAUCGCAAGACAGUACCCCUCAACGACAUCCGACAACUCGCCGCCGCCGCCGUUCGAUGCAGCCCCGCUCCGGGAGGCAGUGGCUGCGCUGCCGCGGAUCCUUGACACGGUCGUGUCGUACCUGGAGAAGAUCAACUUCGACGCCGCCCGCAAGGAUGACCGCUACGGCUUCUUCAGGGAAGACUACCAGACCGAGGACAUGGAGGACCACCAGAUGAGCAUCGCCCAUGUCGAGCACGAGCUGGAUACCCACCGCGCCGAUGCGGCCGAGAAGCUCAAGGUCAAGACGGUCGAGUACGUCACCGUGGCGGGUAUCGAGUACCUGAUCGAGGUGCCCAACGCCAACAUCAAGAGUGUGCCCGCGUCGUGGGCCAAGAUCUCGGGGACGAAGAAGCUCUCACGCUUUCACACCCCCGAGGUCAUGAGGCUGACGGCCGAGCGCGACCAACACCGCGAGGCCCUGGCCGCCGCCUGCGACAGAGCCUUCAAGGACCUCCUGGCCACCAUCGCCGCCGACUAUCAGCCUUUGCGCGACGCUGUCUCGUCCCUCGCCACGCUUGACUGUCUCUUGUCGCUGUCCAAGGUAGCUGCCCAGCCGGGCUACACGAGACCAACGCUGCUCGAUGACGACGAUGACGAGUCAUCGUCUGGCCCUCGCAUCUCCAUCGCCAACGGCCGCCACCCCAUGGCCGAGCACACCAUCGACACAGGCUACAUACCCUUCACCACAUCCCUCGCCCACCCGGAGCCUCUCGCCCACCUCAUCACAGGACCCAACAUGGGUGGCAAGUCGUCCUUUGUCCGUGCCGUCGCCCUCAUCGUCCUCCUUGCCCAGGUCGGCUCCUUCGUCCCCGCCGACUCCCUCAGCCUGACGCUCUGCGAUGCUAUUCACACGCGCACGGGUGCUCGCGACAACCUCUUUGCGGGCGAGUCCACCUUCAUGGUCGAGGUCUCGGAGACGGCCCGCAUCCUCGCUUCGGCCACUCCUCGCAGCCUCGUUAUCCUCGACGAGCUCGGCCGUGGCACCAGCACUCACGAUGGCGCCGCCAUCGCCCACGCCGUCCUCCACCACGUCGUCACCCAUACCCGCUGCCUCACUCUCUUCAUCACCCACUACCAGAACCUUGCCCCCGUUGCCGACGGCCUCAAUGGCGUCACAAAUCUUCAUAUGAAGUUCAACGCUCAGACUGGCGACGACGGCCACGAGGAAAUCACCUUCCUUUACGAGGUCGCCGAGGGCGUGGCCCAUCGCUCAUAUGGACUCAAUGUUGCUAGGCUCGCUCAUAUCCCCACCAAGAUUCUCGACAUCGCUGCCGAAAAGUCGAGUCAGAUGGAGCAUGACAUGAGGUGCCGAAGACUCAGGGGCGUCUCGCAGUACUUAUCCCAUGCUUUUGAGGACCCAAAUUCGGACUACCUGGAUCAUUUGAUAUCUAGUAUCGAGCAAUUGUAA